AUGUCCACUCUCUUUAGCAGACACUCGAGGCGGUCGCUGACAGCGCUUGCAUUGAUUUCAGGCGGUGCCUACUUUGUCGAUGAAACUUAUGCCAACAUUCUGUCGCGAUCGCUGCGUGUGUUUGUCACUGGUGGUCAAGUGUUGUGGGACCAUCACCUUCAUUGGAAAGGUGUUGAGAAAGACGAUCCAGACUAUCGCUUUAAGCUUCGAAAUUUAAAUCAGCGUAUUGCUCAGAGACUUCUCCAUUUGUGCUAUGAGAAUGGAGGCAUUUACACAAAAUUUGGUCAGCAACUCGCCACGUUAAAUCACGGACUUCCUAAGGAGUACACAGAGACACUUGCCAAACUGCAGGAUCAAGCCAAGCCAGUAUCAUUUGACAAGAUUAGGCAAAGCAUUGAGGCGGAGUUAGGGCGAUCCUGGGAUGAGAUUUUCAAAGCUUUUGACCCGACGCCGAUCGCAUCAGCAUCUUUGGCUCAGGUACAUCACGCCGUGGAUACUUGUGGGCAAGAACUGGCUGUUAAAGUUCAAUAUCCUCAUCUGGAGCUGCAGAUGAGUGCGGACCUAAAAGUUAUCAAGUGGGCAUUUCAAGUCACUGAGUACUUUUUUCCUGAUGUUCAAAUUCAAUGGCUUUUACCAGAGUUCAGAAAUUCUUUGCUGUCAGAGCUGGAUUUCGAAAAUGAAAAAAACAACAGCCGUCGAUUUGCAGAUUACUUCAAGCACAAUAGCAAUGUUCAUGUGCCCCUCGUUUACGACCAUUUAAGCACAAAACGAAUGAUGACAAUGGAAUAUAUCAACGCACCAAAGAUCUCGCAGAUUGAAUCCAUCAAGGCAUUGAACCUCGACCCUAUUGAAGUUGCACGAGUGUUAUGUGAAGUGUUUAGCGAAAUGGUGUUUUGCCAUGGAUUUGUACAUUGCGAUCCACACGCCGGUAAUAUUUUUGUGCGCCAAAAUCCUGACAUACAUGGUAAAUACAAAGCACAACUUGUGCUGCUCGAUCAUGGACUUUAUCGGGAGCUGGACGAUAACUUUCGCAAAACGUAUUGCGACUUAUGGCGUGCGAUGUUAAUGCGAGACAAUGCACUGUUGAAGGAUUGCGGGCGUCUAGAUGCUUCCAUGAGCGAAUUGGAGCGUCAAAAGCUGUCGGAGGAAUUAAAAAAAUUGCGAUUUUCUAGCGUCACUGACUUUCUGGAACAGCUUCCAAGGGAUAUGUUAUUUGUUUUUCGGACAAAUAAUAUGAUACGAGCUCUCAAUAAGGAUCUUGGAGGAACCACAAGAGAAAGAUUUUCAAUAAUGGGGACUUUCGCUAUUUCUGGUCAUUCCUCGUUCUAUUAUCCUCCAAAUCAAGGGGGCUACUCUGGUUUAAUGACUUCGAUAGUCUAUUGGUGGCAUCAUCUUAAUCUGGUGUUUCGUCUUCGUGCGAUCGAUCGUGUGACGGCUGCUAUCGAGUUUGCCAGAGGCAAGCCGCCAGCAAAGGUCAAACAUGCUGGUUGA